AACCUUUUGAAGAAAGAGUUUGAGCGCAUCGCAAACUCGAAGGCGCGACUGUGAGAGAGAAGAAUGGCGUCGUCAUCAUCGAGAGGAGAGAUGGAGAAGAUGGGAAUCGAUCAGCUAAAAGCUUUGAAGGAGCAAGCAGAUCUGGAAGUGAAUCUUCUUCAAGAUAGUCUCAACAACAUCCGUACAGCUACCGUUCGUCUCGAUGCCGCCGCCGCAGCUCUCAACGAUCUCUCUCUUCGACCUCAAGGUAAGAAGAUGCUUGUACCACUGACUGCUUCUCUAUACGUGCCUGGGACACUUGAUGAAGCUGAUAAGGUUUUAGUUGAUAUUGGCACUGGUUACUUCAUUGAGAAAACAAUGGAUGAUGGAAAAGAUUAUUGUCAGAGGAAGAUCAACUUGCUCAAAUCCAACUUUGAUCAACUUUUUGAGGUCGCAGCGAAAAAGAAAAGCGUGGCAGAUGAAGCUGGAAUGGUCUUGCAGGCCAAAGUUAAACAGUUAACAGCUGCAACCACGUCGUGAAAAUUAUUCCUUCUCUAGUGCUUUUUGCUAUUGAGACUAUUUUGAGAUUGCAAAUGAUUUUGUCUGAUCAGUUAUGUUUUGACUCUUUUGAUCUCAAUCGGCUUGUGUUUAGUGUGCUAGAAGAAUUUGUGCUGUAAUUUUAAGUAAUCAGUAGUGACUAUGAGAAAGAAAAGACGUGUUAACUAGUUAUUUCUCAUAAAACGUGAGAAAAGAGA